CAGGUGCGACACAAGCCGACGCAGUGCGUCUUUGCAAUGAAGCUGCUCAGCAAAUUCGAAAUGAUCAAGAGAUCAGACUCUGCUUUCUUCUGGGAGGAGAGAGACAUAAUGGCCUACGCUAACAGCGAGUGGAUCGUACAGCUGCACUUUGCGUUUCAAGACGACCGCUACCUGUACAUGAUCAUGGACUACAUGCCCGGCGGAGACCUCGUUAACCUGAUGAGCAAUUACGACGUGCCGGAGAAGUGGGCCAAGUUCUACUGCGCCGAGGUCGUACUGGCGCUCACCGCCAUCCACGCGAUGGGCUACGUGCACAGGGGGCGCUACACCGCCAUCCACGCGAUGGGCUACGUGCACAGGUGCGUAGUGCGCGCUGUCUCCCGUAGGGGGCGCUACAACGCCAUCCAAGCGAUGGGCUACGUGCACAGGUGCGUAGAUGGCAUGGUGCGGUCUGACACUGCGGUGGGGACGCCCGACUACAUAUCUCCCGAGGUGCUGAAGUCGCAGGGUGGCGAUGGCUACUACGGGAGAGAGUGCGACUGGUGGAGCGUCGGUGUCUUCCUCUACGAGAUGCUAGUGCUAGAACUAACGGAACAGCUGAACUGUUCGAAGGAGAGCGAGUCUAAGAUAAAGAAGACCAACCAUGAGCUUACCAGGGCUGUGAGCGACGUCGCGUCGGAUGAUGCUCGCCGGGAGGCGCGGCGGAUGGAAGCGGAGCUACAGAGCACUAGGCAGGCGCGCGAGGAGAUCGAGCAGAAAUACAAGUAA